AUGCCGAAGAGGAAGAUAUCAUCAUCGGACGACUGCCAUCCAGAGCAGGAGAGCAGCCACACCUAUGGCGAUAACUUCAGCGCAGUCAAUCGCGGUCCCUAUCAUCUUCGAGCACGCGUCAACAAGUUCUAUAAAAAAGGAAAAUUACUCGGCCAAGGAGGAUACGGCUCCGUGUACGCAGGGGUCCGCAUAUCUGAUGGACUGCCGGUGGCCCUCAAAUAUGUUAGAAAAGAUGACGAUGAAGAACUGCAGCUGCCUGGAAUGGAAAUGCCAAUGCCCAAGGAAGUCGGGCUGUUUCAGAUGGUUAACACCCCAUCGAGUCAUCCCAAUGUCCUGAAACUCUUCGACUGGUUCGACAGACCUGCUUCAUAUGUAAUGGCAAUGGAGCGUCCAGACCCCUGCAAGGACCUGUUCACGUACUGCCAAGAACAGGGGGGUGUGCUGGAUGAGGACCAGGCGCGAAGUGUGACCGGGCAGCUACUGGGGGCGCUACAGCACUGCCACAGUCAUGGAGUGGUUCACCGCGAUGUAAAACCAGAGAACAUCCUGAUCCAGACAGACACAAAGGAGAUCAAACUGAUCGACUUUGGGUGUGGGGACCCACUGAAGGACACCGCGUACACCGAAUUCUCUGGGACCCCCGAAUUCUUGCCAGUCGAAUGGUUUGAAAAAGAACAGUUUCUGGCGGGCCCUGGGACGGUGUGGUCAGUGGGUGUGACCCUGUACAACAUCGUCUGCGGUAACGAUCCCUUCACUACGUACACCGGCAGGGAAAUGCGGCACGUGGAGUUCUGUGCGGGGCUGUCAUCAGGGAUCAAGGACUUCAUCCUGUGCUGUUUGAGGCCCCGGGCAAACGACCGGCCCACCCUGGAGCAGCUACAGCUCCACCCCUGGCUCCAGCAGUCCAGCCGAGUAUAG